CGUCUCGGGAGGACGAGCAGUUUGGAGCGAGGACGGGCUGAGGAUGGACGCGUUACCGCUGCUCUGCCUGCUGGGGGUCUUCUGCUCACUGGCGCUAGCGAUUGAUAAAGCUGUUCCUCCUGAAGACCUCGACGCUUCUGGAGAUGAUGAGGAUCUCUCAGGCUCAGGAGAUGAUGGUUUAUUUGUUGAUGUGGAUUCUAAGGAUGUAGCUGUGUUCUCUACGCCCGUCUUCACUCUGGUACCCACCAUGGAAGGCUCUACAAAGGCUCAGGAGCCAGAGAUCGUUGAUAAGGAAGAAACUAAACUGGAAGAUGCCACAGUGUCAACUGAAACCACUAAAACACAUAAUCCCCUCAUUGAAGAUCAGGUUGAAGUUGAUGCAGGUGACAAAGCAAUUACACAAGAAGCAACCACCUCUCCAUUCCAGCAGACCUCUACAGCUGAAAUACUGGGAGAAAUUGACACAAGGAAACACCACCACCACCAUCAUCAUCAUCAUCCUCACCAUCAUACUACCACAUCUAGUACAACUCUUCCCUCCGCUUCAGAUAGACCUGAUGAUGAUACAAUAGAUAUUCCUCAUGAAGUUGAUAAGCCACAUGAUUUGCCUGUAAACACAACCGCUGGUACACCAGAUGAAGAGUCUGAAUCACUACAUGUUCCCCAGGAGCUGACCACUCCUGUUGAGGAUUUGGCCAAGCAUGGUGUUCUGCAUGAAGACACCACUUCCGGCUCUACCAGUACUUAUGCAGCUACUGAAGAAGCUAAUGUAGAUCCACUAGAUGCUGAUAAACUACCAGCUUUGGAUAGCUUUGUAACUACAACUGUGGCUGAACAUACGCACAAAGAUCAUCCUCAUCAUCAUCACCACCACCACCACCAUCAUCAUCCUCCAACAACUACAAGUUCAUUUGAAUCUGAAUUUCAGGAAGAAGUGACCACAAUGCCCUCUGAUACGAUUAAACUGGGUGAAGGUGAUGUAAAAGAAGAACGUACAACUACUGUUGCAGAGGAUGAACAUCCUCAUCACCGCCACCACCACCAUCAUCCUCAUCAUCCAAAAACUACAAGUUCAUUUGAUGAAUCGGAAUUUCAGGAAGAAAUGACCACAAGGCCCUCUGAUACGAUUAAACUGGGUGAAGGUGAUGUAAAAGAAGAACGUGCAACUACUGUUGCAGAGGAUGAACAUCCUAAUCAUCAUCCUCACCACCACCAUACUAGUCACCAUAAAACUACACCCAGUACUACGGAGUCUACAGAACCUGAACAGCCCCAUGAGGUCCACACACAUGAACCAAAGGGCAGAAGAGUCAAUGUUCCAGAUGUUAGAAGCACCACUGCUGUUCCAGUACGAAAUGAAGAACAUGUUACCGACGAUGCAGAAAAAGAUGACUUCCCCAGCUCUACAGUUCACUGUAAUGUCUCUGGGAAUCCCUUUGAUGAAAUUGAUGACACUUUAGACUCGAAGGAGGAAGGACCAUCAGGGGUAGCAGAUCAGGAUAUGUUUUUUGAAGUAACUAUUCCAGCCUUAAAUAGGGGUAUAUCUAACGCUCCAGUUUCUGAUGAAGGUACCCCUGGCGCCUCACAAGGGAUCAUGGAAAGGAAAGAACUUCUUGCAGGAAUCAUCGCAGGUGGAGUGGCUGGUUUGGUGUUUGCUGCAUUCCUGGUUGCGUUUGUACUGUACAGGAUGAAAAAGAAGGAUGAAGGAAGCUACUCUCUGGAGGAACCAAAGCAGUCCAACGGUGGAUAUCAGAAACCAAGGGAACAGAGGGAAUUCUACGCAUAGUCCAGCAAAAGUCUUCACAUUCCAGUUGAGAUAUCUGCCUCUACUUCUUCGUUCUCAACCCACAGCUUUUGCUCUGUGGCUUUUUUUUUUUUUUUUUUUGUUUCAAAGGACUACUACUGGACAUUAUUUAUGGAGAAAGUAUUCACCGUGCCUUUCCGCAGCACAGUGCCUCUAUAAAGAAGGCCACAAGUUACAGACUCCUUUCAGUACAUUGUCACAGAGCAUAUCUGACUCUGACCCUCUUCAGGAGGAAAGUUCCUUCAGUGCAAACCUGUUCCCCACCU